UCAAAGCUAUUCACCAUGCCCAAGGCCGCUACUAAGAAGAGCGCCAAGCCGGAGAAGCGCCGCGCCAAGAAGGACCCCAUGGCUCCCAAGCGUGGUCUCUCCGCAUACAUGUUCUUCGCCAACGAGCAGCGCGACAACGUGAGGGAGGAGAACCCCGGUGUCACAUUCGGCCAGGUCGGCAAGAUCCUCGGUGAGCGCUGGAAGGCUCUCAGCGAUAAGCAGAGGGCGCCAUAUGACGCCAAAGCUGCUGCCGACAAGAAGAGAUACGAGGACGAGAAGGCUGCUUACCAGGCUGGCGGCGACGAGGAUGAGUCCUCUUGA